AUGUCUGAUAGGAAAUUAGACGCAGUGGAUAUUACCUAUUAUGCUGAACCUCCUUCGUACCAACACUUUCUUGCCGAGCACCUGCUGAAGAAUGAGCCAGCUUUAAUCGGACCUGCCUUGACAGCGUCUUGGAGAGCUCGCACGGAGUGGGCUCAGCCGAUUAAGAAGACGACCACCAGAGACCAUGACAAUCACAAUCCUACAACCGAACCCAAUUUCCAGUUCCUGUUUCAAACUUUUGGUGCUGCUCAAGUACAAGUUGCAGACUGUUUAGAGCGCGACUUUACUGAUCAAAAACGAGGAAACAUGACAUUUGCUCAGUUCAUUGAAAUGUGGCAAUCGAAUGCUGAAGAGUCCGCCGGACGGUACUACCUCAAGGACUGGCACUUUGUGAAGGCCUUCCCGGAUUAUCACGCCUAUGAGGUACCAGAUAUAUUCGAGGAUGACUGGAUGAACGAGUACUGGCCAAGUCGCGACGAAGAAGACCCAGACGAUUAUCGAUUUGUAUAUAUGGGAGGGGAUGGGACGUUCACACCAUUCCAUGCUGAUGUUUACAGAUCAUAUUCAUGGUCCAGUAACAUUUGUGGAGUCAAGCGCUGGACGUUGUUUCCGCCUGGACAAGAACACCUUUUUAAAGAUAAAUUUGGCAACAAUGUAUAUGACAUUCGCGAUGUGGAUGAAAAGAAGUUUCCACGGUUUUCUGAAGCAAAGCGAGUAGUAAUUUAUCAAGUCGACGGAACAACAUUGUUUGUUCCAUCUGGAUGGUGGCAUCAAGUUGAAAAUAUCGGGGCAACCAUCUCCAUCAAUCACAAUUGGAAUAAUGCCUGUAAUUUGAAAAUGAUGAGCAAAUCUCUCGGGAGCGACCUUGCAGAAGUCUGUCAUACAAUCAGUGAUGUCAAAGACAUGAUGGACGCUCUUGAGUUUGAGCAGACAUGCCAACGUAUACUCCUCAUCAACAGUGGGUGGAAUUGGGAAACUUUAUGGGGCAUGUUCGCAUGCAUUAUGGAACGCCUCAAACAAGACUUGGAUGCACACUCUCCUUGCGAAAAUCGCCCACCCGUCAAGUUUUCAUUGAACGCUAUCAGGGAGGUAGUUGAUUACUGGAGCAGGUUUCCCGCUUUGAAAACUGUGUUUAAGGCGGCUGAUAAUCAAGACCUUCAAGUUGUGGACAAGCUGUUGAUAGAUAUCGAACAUAAGCUAAAGAAAAUGUCUUCUAUGGCUUCCUGA